AUGGAUAUGGCCCAAAAUUUACAAAAGAAGCCUUCAAAGGGCAUUUUAAAAACCUCCCGGAGUGUUGAUAACCAGGAUGGAAACCCGUCAACGAGUAAGCGACCGAAGGAACAGAGGUUUGAUGAAAUGAAUAUUAUAGAGACAUUUCAUCCACCAAAUAAGGAUUACGGCCAUAUGAAGGUGGAUGAACCGAAGACUCCGUUUUCAGAGACCAUAGAUGGUGAUACAGAGCCGGCAGACGAGUUAGAUGCAAAUAUAUUGGCUGCAAAACUUGCAGCUAGUAUGAAUAAGCCGCCUAAAUGUACAGAACCUUGUGAAAGUGAUGAAGAAGAUGAAGAAGAAUCGGAGGAAAUGCGCCAAAGAAGGUUAGAAUUUGAGAAAAAACGAAAAAUGCACUACAAUGAAUUUCAGGCAUUGCAGUUGGCUCGUCAGUUAAUGGCUCAAGAAGAGGAAGAAGAAGAUGAUGAUAAAGCAAAACCAACAGCCACU